AAUUCAUUUAUACAGAAAAAUGGAGAUUCGAUUCUCAGUAAAUCAUUUCCAAAGAUAGGAAAAGUAUUUCGUGCGGAGGCUGUAAUUGACUCCCCGCCAGAACACAUCUACACUCAGCUAUUUGAAAAACUUGAACAAAUGGACCAGUGGAACCCAAACGUCAGUAAAGUGCAGAUCCUUCAAAGAAUUGGAAAGGACACACUACUCACAAGAGAAGUGACAGCACAGAAUGCAGUACACAUGAUCAGCCAGAGAGACUUUGUCAAUGUGCAGCAUUGCUGUAGAUCAGGCUCCACUUUAUACCUCAUUGGAACUGCAGCUCAUUCACAUUUGAUGCCGCCACAAAAAGGAAUAAUUAGGGCAAAAGCCAAACUCACCUGUAUUAUUUUAAGGCCCGUUGAAGGUGACAGGUGGAAAACACAUUUCACUUGGCUUCUAUGUUUAGAUCUCAAGGUAAGAUUGUAA